ACUAAGCCAUGAAAUAUUGAUCAUAAAAAAGGAAGUAGUUGGCUUGAAACAUCAAUCUUUUCAUUUAAUGCAAUUCAUUACUCCGCCGUCUACCCCACCUUUCUCCUUUUUUCAUUCCUGGACCAUUUCAGAACGUCAAAAGAUUGAGGAAAGGAGGAGAUCAAAUCUCAUACGUGAGGUGCAGCUCAAAACUCGACAUGAAAAAUUGAAGAAAAACAGACAGUAUGCUGAAGCUACUUUGGAGAGAUUUAAGCGGAAUGAGGCAUUGGCCAAAAAGGAGCUGGCUCAUUCCGAAAUAUUGAUCAUAAAUAAAGGAAGUAGUCCAGGCUUGAAACACAAAUCUUUUCAUUUAAUGCAAUUCAUUACUCCACCGUCUCCCCCACCUUUCUUCUUUCUUCAUUCCUGGACCAUUUCAGAACGUCAAAGGAUUGAGGAAAGGGUGAGAUCAAAUCUCAUACGUGAGGUGCAGCUCAAAACUCGACAUGAAAAAUUGAAGAAAAAUAGACAGAAUGCUGAAGCUACUUUGGAGAGAUUUAAGCGGAAUGAGGCAUUGGCCAAAAAGGAGCUGGCCUCAUUCCGAAAUAUUGAUCAUAAAUAAAGGAAGUAGUCCAGGCUUGAAACAUCAAUCUUUUCAUUUAAUGCAAUUCAUUACUCCGCCGUCUUCCCCACCUUUCUUCAUUCCUGGACCAUUUCAGAACGUCAAAGGAUUGAGGAAAGGAGGAGAUCAAAUCUCAUACGUGAGGUGCAGCUCAAAACUCGACAUGAAAAAUUGAAGGAAAACAGACAGUAUGCUGAAGCUACUUUGGAGAGAUUUAAGCGGAAUGAGGCAUUGGUCAAACAGGAGCUGGCCUCAUUCCGCUCCAAAAUGUGCAAAGAUGAGGCUGAGGCUAAAAGGAUGUUUGGCGAUGCUGUUAAGUUGUUUGAUUUGUUUGAUUUGUUUUUUUCAAUUUUUUCUAUUUAUGUUUGUUUUUGUGUAUUUUGUUGGUUGUUCCUGUUAUCACUGUUUAUUUGUAAUCCAUAAAACAAUGAUACGUAGAAUGCAGCUUAAACUUAAAUAUAAGAAAAUGAAGAGAACAGUAAGUUCUAGUAAACAACAGUAAGUUCUAGUAAGUUAUUUCUGGUUUGUGUUUUUCUAUAUUUGUUUUUCUUUCAGUGCUCAAGCAAGUUUGGAGAAAUUUUUGCGGAAUGAGGCAUUGGCCAAAAAGGAACUUGCCUCAUUCCACUCACAAAUGUUUAAUAAGGAUGAAGCGGAAGCAGUACGGAUAUUAAGCACCAUACACAUUUUUUUAUUCUAUUAAUAUUUUUCUUUUUCUUGUGUUUGUGGUUAUCCUGAUGUUUUUUUUUGUUAUUGGUUUUUUACGUAAUCUGAUUCAACUGGCAUUGCCAACAUUGUAAAUAUAGACAUUGGUGAAGAUUA